AUCCAGCGCCUGAAAAGAGAGAUGCGAGUGUGGUCACGCCUGAGCCACGCCAACAUCAUUCCACUGCUCGGCUAUGUAAAUGGUGAGGAUGGCCACGGUCUUGUCUCUCCGUGGUAUCCGGAAGGAAAUGCAAUCAACUUCAUCAAGAAUCAUCCUAGCGCCAAUAAAGACAUGAUCUGUGCCGACGUAGCCUCAGGAUUGACAUAUCUUCAUUCACAAUGCCCACCCAUUGUACACGGUGAUAUCAAAGGAGUAAAUAUCCUGAUCGCUUCCGACGGGCGUGCUUCUAUCUGUGAUUUCGGCCUGUCGAGGGUCCUGGAUGAUGACCCCACUGGCUUCACGUCCACGGUGGUCGGAAUGACUCUUCGCUUUUCAGCCCCCGAACUAUUGGAAAAUAACGAAAAGACGGUCGAUGCUGAUGUUUACGCUUAUGGGUGCACUUGCAUCGAGAUUUUACUGGCAACAAGGCCGUACGAGGGCAUCCGUGGCGAAAUGUCUGUCAUGACCGCGAUUGCAGGUGGUACGCCACCUAUCUCUCCUCGGCGGCUUGAAAAGUGUAAAUCACUUCUCCCAUUUCACAUUUUAAACAAAUGUUGGAGCAAGGAGCCUUCGAAUCGACCACGGGCUAAAGAAUUGGCUGAAGCAUUUCGGGGCGCAUUAGUGAUUCCCGCAGAGCCGAACCAUACUGCUGAAUGCAGCGAUGCCAGUCUCAGUUCUGACGACUCGUUACCAUCGUGA